CGCGACUGUUGGCCCGGCCGGCACCCAGGCACCAACCACCCUGGAGCCCGACGGCUGGGAACCAAGCAGAGAUCGCUCCGGCUUGAAGAGGGAGUUUCGUGCAGAGUGUAGAGCGGAAGAGGGACGAGGGACCAGUCGCCAAGAUGAAGGGAAGCGGUCCCCCGUGGGCACUGUCCUGGCACGCAGUGGAGGAGAGCGCUGUCGGGCCGGACCCGGAGAGAGGGUGUCACUGGAGCACAACCGAGGGGCAUGCCAGAGACCAGUAUCCAUCUCCCCAACCCGUUCUCUUUGACAGCCUCAGCCGCGUGCCUGAAGGAACCGGGCAAUUACUGUGUUGCCCUAAUUUUGAACUGGAGCAUCUCCCUUUUAGAAAUUAAGAGUCAGGGUCCAAGGCAGGGAGGGGGAUUUUUGCAGCCCUCUCCUAAGGGCAUAUGGGCCUCUGCUGUCAAGUUUCUCUUUCAGUUUCUAAGCUGUCCCCCCCACUCUGGGGAAGCCCCAGUAGGGUGAGGGGAGAGGAAGAGGAGGAGGGCACCUGCCUCUCCAUACCCCACCCCAAACCUCAGCGGGUUCCUUGUUGGAGGGGAAGGGCGGUCUUCCCCUCCUUACUGUCUUUUCUUCCCUCACAGGAAAAGUGUGUCUUGGGGAGACUGUCGUUCUCCGGUGGGCAUGAGAGGGCUGGUCAGGUCCCUGCUGUAGGAGGCGCCUCUUAAGCCCUCUGUUUGCCCUAGGUGAAGGCCAUGGCGGGCUGGAUUCAGGCCCAGCAGCUGCAGGGAGAUGCACUGCGCCAGAUGCAGGUGCUGUAUGGACAGCACUUCCCCAUCGAGGUCCGGCACUACUUGGCACAGUGGAUUGAAAGCCAGCCAUGGGAUGCCAUUGACCUGGACAAUCCCCAGGACCGAGCCCAAGCCGCCCAGCUCCUGGAGGGCCUGGUGCAAGAGCUGCAGAAGAAGGCGGAGCACCAGGUGGGGGAAGAUGGGUUUUUGCUGAAGAUCAAGCUGGGGCACUAUGCCACGCAGCUCCAGAACACAUAUGACCGUUGCCCCAUGGAACUGGUCCGCUGCAUCCGGCACAUUCUGUACAAUGAACAGAGGCUGGUCCGAGAAGCCAACAAUUGCAGCUCUCCUGCCGGGAUCCUGGUUGACGCCAUGUCCCAGAAGCACCUUCAGAUCAACCAGACCUUUGAAGAGCUGCGACUGGUCACACAGGACACAGAGAAUGAGCUGAAGAAGCUGCAGCAGACCCAGGAAUACUUCAUCAUCCAGUACCAGGAGAGCCUGAGGCUCCAAGCUCAGUUUGCCCAGCUGGCCCAGCUGAACCCCCAGGAGCGCCUGAGCCGGGAGACGGCCCUCCAGCAGAAGCAGGUGUCCCUGGAGGCCUGGCUGCAGCGGGAGGCACAGACACUGCAGCAGUACCGCGUGUUGGACCCAAAUCAGGGUGGCCUCCCGUGCAUCCUCUACUUCUGGAAGGCAGGAGUGCCCUGUGUACCCGUGGACCAUGGGGUGGGGAAUUGCUGUGCCAUCCUGGGUGGGUCCUUGCUGUGCAGGUGCAGCUGUGUUGGGGAGGGGGUCUCCCUAGGCUGGGAGCCCCCAGGCUCUGGCCCAGGGUGGGGAAGAAGCCAUCAUUCCCAUGUGGGCCCUGGGACUCCUCGCAGGUGUGAGAAGUUGGCCGAGAUCAUCUGGCAGAACCGGCAGCAGAUCCGCAGAGCCGAGCACCUCUGCCAACAGCUGCCCAUCCCUGGCCCAGUGGAGGAGAUGCUGGCCGAAGUCAACGCCACCAUCACAGAUAUCAUCUCUGCCCUGGUCACCAGCACAUUCAUCAUUGAGAAGCAGCCCCCUCAGGUCCUGAAGACGCAGACCAAGUUUGCGGCCACCGUGCGCCUGCUGGUGGGCGGGAAGCUGAAUGUGCACAUGAACCCCCCCCAGGUGAAGGCGACCAUCAUCAGCGAGCAGCAGGCCAAGUCCCUGCUCAAGAAUGAGAACACCCGCAAUGAGUGCAGUGGCGAGAUCUUGAACAACUGCUGUGUCAUGGAGUACCACCAAGCCACGGGCACCCUGAGCGCCCACUUCAGAAACAUGUCGCUGAAGAGAAUCAAGCGCGCUGACCGACGGGGUGCAGAGUCUGUGACAGAGGAGAAGUUCACGGUCCUGUUUGAGUCUCAGUUCAGUGUUGGCAGCAAUGAGCUUGUGUUCCAGGUGAAGACCCUGUCCCUCCCUGUGGUUGUCAUCGUUCAUGGCAGCCAGGACCAUAAUGCCACCGCCACUGUGCUGUGGGACAAUGCCUUUGCUGAGCCGGGCAGGGUGCCAUUUGCCGUGCCUGACAAAGUGCUGUGGCCACAGCUGUGUGAAGCUCUCAACAUGAAAUUCAAGGCCGAAGUGCAGAGCAACCGCGGCCUGACCAAGGAGAACCUCGUGUUCCUGGCGCAGAAACUGUUCAACAGCAGCAGUGCCCACCUCGAGGACUACAACAGCAUGUCUGUGUCCUGGUCCCAGUUCAACAGGGAGAACUUGCCAGGCUGGAACUACACCUUCUGGCAGUGGUUUGACGGGGUGAUGGAAGUGCUGAAGAAGCACCACAAGCCCCACUGGAACGACGGGGCCAUCCUAGGUUUUGUGAAUAAGCAACAGGCGCAUGACCUGCUCAUCAACAAGCCCGAUGGGACCUUCUUAUUGCGCUUCAGCGACUCGGAAAUUGGGGGCAUCACCAUUGCCUGGAAGUUUGACUCUCCUGACCGCAACCUGUGGAACCUGAAACCAUUCACCACGCGGGAUUUCUCCAUCCGAUCCCUGGCUGACCGACUGGGGGACCUGAGCUAUCUCAUCUACGUGUUCCCUGACCGCCCCAAGGCUGAGGUCUUCUCCAAGUACUACACUCCCGUUGUAGGGGGCAAGGCGGUGGACGGGUAUGUGAAGCCACAGAUCAAGCAAGUGGUCCCAGAAUUUGUGAACGCAAAUACAGACGCUGGAACCAGCGCCACGUACAUGGACCAGGCCCCCUCCCCGUCUGUGUGUCCCCAGGCUCACUACAACGUGUACCCACAGAACCCGGAUCCCGUCCUCGAUCAGGAUGGAGAAUUUGACUUGGAUGAGACCAUGGAUGUCGCCCGGCACGUGGAAGAACUCUUACGCAGGCCCAUGGACAGUAUGGACCCCCGCCUCUCCCCGCCUGCCAGUCUCUUCACCUCUGCCAGAAGCUCCCUGUCAUGAAUAUUUGAAUGCCACGCUUCUCUUUGGAAACAGUGUUCAAUGUGGAGACUCCGUUCCAGUUGUGGUCGCAGCACUGCUGUGUGUACUGAUGCCUUUGUGUGCAUGCGUUUGGGUACGAGGUGUGCCCGCCUCGCCCUUGAGUGGCUGAAGCAGUGGUGGCCUUUUGGUUCAGAUCAAGACCUCCAGGAGCCCAAUGGGUCUGUCUGUCUCAUGCAAGAGAUGGAGCUUCUGUCAUUGUAGGUACUUGUUGCAGGCAAACCUCUUCCUCUCGUGUCCUUUAUCUGCUAGUAGCUAUUUAAGUGAAAUUAUUCCAGAAAAGGAAAGGAGACAGGUAAAUGUUCUAAGCUGCAGUUUUACUCCUGAGCUAGAAGCUUCGCCCUCCUGAUGCCUGUGCCCAUAUAUGUACACAGAUGUACAUCUGUCCCCAUGCACAUAUGGUGGUCUAACUGAUGCUUUCCCUCCAGAGGGAGGCGGAGGUUCAUUCUUGAUAUUUCAUAAUGUAGUGAAUGUGGACUCCAGGUUUUUGGUGAGCCCUCUGAGAGCAUGUCUAGGCCGGAGCCAUUUCCUAACACAGUGAAGUGGGUUCAUUUGAACCAGAGCUAUUGGAGCUGCUCUGAGCAUGUAGUGUCUUUUCCUCUUGUACUUGGGUCCAGGCUGUGGAGUUCCCUGCAAUAUCCCCUUUUCCAUCCUGCCCUGGGCUUCUUUCUUGCCUCUGUUUGCAACCUUGCUGAUGAGAAAGGAGGAAAAAAUUCUUUCAGGACAUGGUGGGUAAACAGAAGGCCUGAGAUUUGCAAGGCUGAUGCCAUCACCUGGGGAGAGGGGAACUGCAGCAAGGGACAAGCUGCCACCUCCCAGUUGCUGCAGGCCCAUGGAGUCUAGAGUGAAGAGUUAGAGCCGCUCCACUCUGCUAGGAGGUGGAAUCUGGAACAGGCCUCAUGUCCAGAGAAGGCCUAACUCCAGUCUCAAGUGCUCCUCCAAGGUUACAUGACAUGCAGCCAGGGCAGCUGACAGCAGAGAUUGGGAGUCCCAGGUUUAAACCUCUCUGAAGGGAAGUGGGGACAGAAAGAUGGAUUCUUUUGUACUUUGUACAUAGACCACACAUUUGUGUAAACAGUGUUUUGGAAUAAAAUAUUUUCAUAAAU